CACCAGAAACUGAUAUUAAUGACAUGUUGGAUUUAAUCAAAUAUGGUAACAGUUCUUUUCCUGAGUUACAAGAGCAAUGGAAAGCUACUGUACAGUAUAGACUACAGAGAAUAAGCUUAUCAAAUUCAACUACAGAUAUAAUAAAUKAAUGGAAGAAUUAUACAAUUCCRUUAGGGUACAAACUUAUGGAUAUUGAUUUUAAUGAGCUAUUUACAACAAAGAGUAAUAUUAUAGCUGAAUUCGAAAAAUAUUCUGAAGAUUUAUUAAAAAUAAUAGAUUCAAAUAUUAAGGAUCAUGAUGGAAAAAUACUCAUUGAAUCAAUUAAACAAGAGUCAGAUAACAUAUCACAAA